UUUGGCUUUCCUCAUCUCUUGAGUCACUGCCUCUUUCUCAUUUUAUCAUCCAUUCCUAACUUGGCUCUCGUUCACCUCUGAUUCCUUCACCGUCUCUCUGUUUGGAACCGAAACUCUGCUUUUUUCGUUUCCUUGUUUCUUUUCACUUGCUCCACCCUCUUCUUAGUUUCCUCUUAUUUUCUCACUUCCCACCUGUUUUCCAACAAAACCAAUUUCCCAAAAAAAAAAAAAAAAAUCCCAUUUGUUUUAGUUUGGUAAUCCACUCUAAAAACACCAGCUUUCCUUGUUGUCGUUUUGUUACACUGAAUCAAAUUACAAGCAUUCCUUGAGCUUUCUCCAUAUCUUCACUCUCUACACCUUUGCCAUCUUAUCAUCCAUUCCUAACUUUACUCAUUUUCAGUUUCACCACUGUUUCUCCUUUCCAUUUUCCUACUCACCAUCCCUCUGCUUGGAACAAAUACUCUUCUCCUUUCAUUUCUUGCGUUCUCUUCUUUUAGUUUCUUCUUAUUGCUGCUUUCAUUUGUUUCUUCCUUUUCUCGCUUCCCAUUUGUUUUCCUAAAAAAAGCUAACAAAAAAAAAAAAAAAAAAAAUCCAACUGAGACGAAAUGACAGAGAGCGUCAUUAACAUCGUUACUACCAUUGCUGGCAAAAUUGCAGAGUACUCGGUUGCUCCAAUUGGGCGCCGGCUAAGUUAUCUGUUUUGCUACCGCGGCUACAUGGAUGAUCUCAGCAACAAGGUUCAGGAGUUGGGGCAUGCAAAGGAUGACCUUCAGAUAACUGUUGAUGAAGCCAUUAGAAGAGGGGAUGAAAUCAGACCUAUUGUUCAUGACUGGCUGACUCGGGCAGAUGGGAUUACAGGGGAGGCAGAGGAAUUGAUGACAGAUGAAAACAAGAGCUGUUUCAAAGGGUGGUGUCCUAAUCUCAAGUCACGUUACCAGCUAGGCAGAGAAGCAGACCAGAAGGCACAGGUUAUUGUUGAAAUCCAAAAAGCCCGCAAUUUCCGUGAUGGCGUAUCACAUCGUGUCCCUGCCCCGAACGUGACUUCUAAAAAUUAUGACCCUUUUGAAUCAAGGGCAUCAAUUUUGAAUGAAAUAAUGGAUGCAUUGAGAGAUGAUAAGAUCAGCAUGAUUGGUGUAUGGGGGAUGGGCGGCGUGGGCAAAACCACGCUGGUUGAACAAGUAGCUGCGCAAGCGAAGCAACAGAAGUUAUUUGACGAAGUGCCGACAGCAUAUGUAUCCCAGACGGUGGACUUGAAGAAAAUCCAACAACAGAUUGCAGAUGUGAUAGGUUUGGAAUUUGUGGAGGAGAGCGAAUCGGGACGAGCAGGGCGGCUUAGUCAGAGGUUGACUCGAGAGAAGAAGCUUCUCAUAAUUUUAGAUGAUCUUUGGGCGGGCCUUAAUUUGAAGGACGUCGGGAUCCCUUCGGAUCAUAAAGGGUUGAAAAUGGUGCUGACUUCUAGAAGACAUAGCGUUUUAUUUAAUGAGAUGGGCAUCGAAAAGAAUUUUUCAGUUGAACAAUUGUCGGAAGAAGAAGCAUGGAGUUUGUUUAAAAAAGAGGCAGGCGAGUCAAUUGAGAAACCAGAUUUGCAACCUACAGCAGAGGAGGUGCUUAAAAAAUGCGGGGGUUUGCCUAUUGCAAUUGUUACAGUUGCAAAGGCAUUAAAAGGUAAGGAUUCCAUUACAUGGAGGGAUGCCUUACGGCAACUUACACGAUCUAUUGAGACCACUGUUGAAGGAAUUGAAGCAAAAAUCUUCCUCACUCUAGAGUUAAGCUACAAUCAUUUAUAUGGUGAUGAGGUUAAGUCAUUGUUCUUGCUUUGCGGUUUGUUGGAUUAUGGGGAUACUCCAAUCGAUAACUUGUUCAAAUAUGGUGUGGGCCUCGAUUUGUUUCAAAACAUCAAUGCAUUGGAAGAAGCCAGGGAUAGACUGCAUACGUUGAUCAACAACCUCAAAGCCUCAAGUUUAUUGCUAAAAAGCAAUGAUGAUGCUUAUGUCAGAAUGCAUGACGUGGUUCGUCAAGUCGCCAGAGCAAUUGCAUCCAAGGAUCCUCAUCGAUUUGUAGUAAGGGAAGAUGAUCGAUUUGAAGAAUGGUCAAAGACCGAUGAAUCCAAAAGGUGCACCUUCCUCUCUUUGAAUCGCAGAGCUGCCCAUGAGCUUCCUGAAGGCUUGGUAUGUCCCGAACUUAAACUUUUUCUACUGUACAGCAACAAUCCUUCCUUCAGUUCCUUGAAUAUCCCGAACACAUUUUUCGAAGGGAUGAAAAAACUCAAAGUUUUAGAUUUAUCCAAAAUGAGUUUUACAACACUACCUUCAUCACUUGAUUCCCUUUCAAAUCUCCGAACAUUGCGUCUAGAUGGGUGCAAGUUGGUAGACAUUGCUCUAAUUGGAAAGCUAACGAAUCUACAAGUUCUUAGCUUGGUGGGUUCUACAAUCCAACAAUUGCCUAAUGAAAUGGUGCAAUUGACCAAUCUAAGGCUGUUAGACUUGAACCAUUGCGGGCAACUUGAAGUUAUUCCACAAAAUCUCUUAUCAAGUUUGUCUCGAUUAGAAUGUUUGUACAUGAAAUCUAGCUUUACUCAAUGGGCGGUUGAAGGUGAAAACAAUGCUUGUUUAUCCGAGCUAAAUCAUUUGUCUCAUUUGACAACUUUAGAUAUAUAUAUACCGGAUGCCAAGUUGCUACCAAAAGAAGACAUGUUCCUUGGGAACCUAACAAGAUAUUCAAUAUUUAUGGGUGAUGGGAUGUUCCCCACAUAUUGUAAAACAUCAAGAACAUUAAAGCUCAAUGAGGUUGACAGAAGCUUAUAUUUGGGAGAUGGAAUUGGCAAGUUAUUAAAGAAGACUGAAGAACUAGAGUUAAGGGAAUUGAGUGGUACUAAGAGUAUUCUUUAUGAACUGGACAAGGAGGGUUUUUGUAAGUUGAAGCAUCUCCACGUUAGUGCAAGUCCAGAGAUUCAAUAUGUCAUUGAUUUAAAGGAUCAACGAGUUCUACAAAAGGGUGCCUUUCCUUUAUUAGAGUCGUUGAUUCUUGAUGGGCUGAUUAACUUGGAAGAAGUAUGUCGUGGUCUGAUUCCAAUAAGGUUUUUUGAUAACUUAAAAACUCUGAAUGUGGAGGAAUGUGAUGGAUUGAAAUUUAUCUUCUUACUUUCAACCGCUGGAGGGCUUUCCCAACUUGAAUCUAUGAGAAUAAAAAAUUGCAAAGUCAUGCAACAAAUAAUCACAUAUGAAAGGGAGUCAGAAAUAAAAGAAAAUGACCAUAUGGGAACCAACUUGCAACCAUUCCCUAAAUUACAAUUCUUGGAAGUUGAUAAUCUACCAGAGCUUAUGAACUUCAGCUACUUCGGCUCUGAGUUGGAAACAACAUCGCAAGGAAUGUGUUCCCAAGGCAAUAUUGAUAUCCACAUGCCAUUUUUCAGUUGUCAGGCUUCAUUCCCUAAUUUGGAGGAGUUGAAUCUGGACAAUCUUCCCAAAUUGAAGGAGAUAUGGCAUCACCAACUUCCAUUUGGGUCCUUCAACAAUUUGCAGAUCCUACAAGUGUACGAUUGUCCAUGUCUACUCAAUCUUAUCCCAUCUCAUUUGAUCCAAAGGUUGGAGAAUUUGAAAGAGAUAGACGUAAAUGAUUGUGAAGUCCUAGAACAUGUGUUUGUGUUUGAUCUUCAAGGACUAGAUAGAAAUGUUGGGAUCCUCCCAAAGUUAGAAACCUUGAAGUUAGGAGAACUAUCUAGACUGAGGUAUAUUAUAUGCAAUGAGGACAAGAAUGAUAGCAUGAGAUGUCUUUUCUCUCCUCCUAUGCUCAUGGAUUUUCAAAACCUCAAACAUCUAUCCAUCCAAGAUUGUAUGGAGGAAGACGAAGAUGAGGGACAUGUCAACACUCCUACAGAAGAUAUAAUGCUCUUCGGUGAAAAGGUUUCAUUCCCUAAUUUGGAGGAGUUGGAAUUGGACAAUCUUCCCAAAUUGAAGGAGAUAUGGCAUCACCAACUUCCAUUUGGGUCCUUCAACAAUUUGCAGAUCCUACAAGUAUACGAUUGUCCAUGCCUACUCAAUCUUAUCCCAUCUCAUUUGAUCCAAAGGUUGGAGAAUUUGAAAGAGAUAGACAUAAAUGAUUGUGAAGCCCUAGAACAUGUGUUUGUGUUUGAUCUUCAAGGACUAGAUAGAAAUGUUGGGAUCCUCCCAAAGUUAGAAACCUUGAGGUUGGGAGAACUACCUAGACUGAGGUAUAUUAUAUGCGAUGAGAACAAGAAUGAUAGCAUGAGAUGUCUUUUCUCUCAUCCUACGCUCAUGGAUUUUCAAAACCUCAAACAUCUAUCCAUCCAAGAUUGUAUGGUGGAAGACGAAGAGGAGGGACAUGUCAAUACUCCUAUAGAAGAUACAAUGCUCUUCGGUGAAAAGGUUUCAUUCCCCAAUUUGGAGACGUUGAACCUCAUUAAUCUUCUCAAGUUGAAAAAGAUAUGGCAUCACCAACUUUCACCAAGGUCAUUCUACAAUUUGCAAAUCCUAGAAGUGUGCAAUUGUUCAGGUCUUCUCAAUCUUAUCCCGUCUCAUUUGAUACAAAGGUUCAACAAUUUAAAAAGGAUAAAAGCCUAUGAGUUGGAAGUCCUAGAACAUGUGUUUGAUAUUCAAGGACUUGAUAGAAAUGUUAGGAUCCUCCCAAAGUUAGAAACCUUGGAGUUAGAAGGACUACCCAGGUUGAGGAAUAUUAUAUGCAAUGGGGACAAGAAUGAAAGCAUGAAAUGUCUUUUCUCUUCUCCCACACUUGUGGAUUUUCAAAACCUCAAAUGCCUAUCCAUCAAAAGGUGUGCGAAGGAAGAUGAUGACAAGGGACAUAUCAGUAUUCCUAUCAAAGAUGUAGUGCUCUUCAAUGAAAAGGUUUCAUUCCCUAACUUGGAGGAGUUAAAACUCGAUGAUCUUCCCAAAUUGAAGAUGAUAUGGCAUCACCAACUUUCACUUGAAUUCUUUUGCAAGUUACGGAUCUUAAGUGUGUGUAAUUGUCCACGUCUAGUCAAUCUUGUUCCAUCUCAUUUGAUACAAAGCUUCCAAAAUUUGAAAGAGGUAGAUGUGUGUGAUUGUAAAGUCCUAGAAUGUGUGUUUGAUAAUCGAGGACUUAGUCAAGAUGUUGGAAUCCUCCCAAAAAUAGAAAUUCUAAAGUUAGAAAAACUACCUAGACUCAGGCUCAUUAUAUGCAAUGAGGACAACGAGGACAAUAAUGACAACAUGAGAUAUCUUUUAUCUCCUUCCAAGUUCAAGGAUUUUCACCACCUCAAAGAGCUACAUAUCAUUAAAUGUGGGAUACUCUUCGAUGAAAAGGUUUCAUUCCCUUCUAAUUUGGAGGUGUUGGUUAUAAAAAGUCUCCCCAAGUUGAAGGAGAUAGAUGUUAGGAUCCUUUCAAAGUUAAAAAUCCUACGGUUAGAGAAACUACCUAGAUUAAGAUGUAUUAUAUGCAACGAGGAUAAGAAUGACAGUGAAAGAUGUCUUUUGUCUCCUUCCAUGUUCAAGAAUUUUCUCAAUCUCGAAGAGCUACAUACCAUUGAUUGUGGGAUUGAGGACAAGAGAGAUGUCUAUACUCCUACUAAUGAUGUAGAGCUCUCCAAUGAACAGGUUUCAUUCCUUGAUGGAGUAUCUUAUGAAGCUUUUGAAUCAAGAGCCUCCACUUUCAACAAAAUUAUGGAUGCUCUAAGAGAUGACGAGAUCAACUUGUUUGGAGUAGUGGGGAUGGGCGGCGUGGGCAAAACCACACUGGUGAAACAAGUAGCUCAACAAGCUAAGCAACAGCACUUGUUCACCGCACAACUCUAUAUAGAUGUAUCCUGGACUCGAGACUCUUGUACACUUCAACAAGAAGUAAUUUCAUAUAUUCAACAAAAUAUUGCAGAAAUGUUAGACUGGGAAUUUAAGGGGUUGGAUGAAUCCACAAGAGCAGUUGAACUGAAGCAGAGACUGAAGAAAGAGAAGAUCCUUAUAAUCUUAGAUGGCAUUUGGAAGGAGAUUAAUUUGGAGGAAGCUGGAAUUCCUUGUAAAGAUGAUGAGAAAGAAUGCAAAAUAGUGUUGGCUUCUAGGGAUGGAGACAUAUUAUGCAAAGACAUGGGCGCACAAAUAUGUUUUCCAGUGGAACAUUUACCACCGGAAGAAGCUUGGAGUUUUUUUAAGAAGACAACAGGUGAUUCCGUGGAGGAGAAUCUUCAACUGCGACCCAUAGCCAUAGAAGUAGUGGAAGAAUGUAAGGGUUUACCAAUUGCAAUUGUAACAAUUGCCAAGGCAUUAAAAGAUGAGACCGUGGCUGUAUGGAAGAAUGCCUUGGAACAACUCAGGAGUUGUGCACCAACAAACAUCAUAGGAGUGGAUGAAAAGGUGUACUCCUGUCUGGAGUGGAGCUACAACCAUUUGAAAGGUGAUGAAGUCAAGUCAUUGUUCUUACUUUGUGGUUCGUUGAGCUGUUAUGAUAUUUCAAUGGAUGACUUGUUACAAUAUGGUAUGGGUUUAGACUUGUUUGACUGCAUCGACUCAUUGGAGCAAGCAAGAGAUAAACUACUUGCAUUGGUGGAAAUCCUCAAAGCCUCAGGCUUGUUACUUGACAGUCAUGAAGAUAGACACAAUUUUGUGAGGAUGCCCGAUGUUGUUUAUGAUGUUGCCAGAGAAAUUGCAUCCAAGGAUCCUCAUCCAUUUGUAGUCAGAGACGAUGUUGGAUUGGAAAAAUGGUCAGAGACUGAUGAAUCCAAAAGCUGUACUUUCAUCUCUUUGCGUUGCAAAAUUGUGCAUGAGCUUCCUCAAGGGUUGGUAUGUCCGGACCUUCAAUCUUUUCUAUUGCACAGAAACAAUCCUUCCUUGAAUAUCCCGAACACAUUUUUCGAAGGGAUGAAAAAACUCAAAGUUUUGGAUUUGUCAGAUAUGCAUUUUACAACACUACCUUCAUCACUUGAUUCCCUUGCAAAUCUCCGUACAUUGCGUCUAGAUGGGUGCGAGUUGGAAGACAUUGCUCUAAUUGGAAAGCUAAGAAAACUAGAAGUUCUUAGCUUGGCCGGUUCUACAGUCCAACGAUUGCCUAAUGAAAUGGUGCAACUGACCAAUCUAAGACUGUUGGAUUUGGAUGAUUGCGAGGAGCUUGAAGUAAUUCCACGAAAUAUCUUAUCAAGUUUGUCUCGAUUAGAAUGUUUGAGCAUGAUAUCUAGCUUUACUAAAUGGGUGGUUGAAGGUGAAAGCAAUGCUUGUUUAUCAGAGCUAAAUCAUUUGUCUUAUUUGACAAAUUUAUCUAUAGAAAUACCUGAUGCCAAGUUGCUACCAAAAGACAUUCUAUUUGAGAACUUGACAAGCUAUGUGAUAUUGAUAGGUGAUGAUGAUCGGCGGGAAUUUAGAACCAAAAGAGCAUUGAAGCUCCAGAGUGUCAAUAGCAGCUUACAUUUAGGGGAUGGAAUUAGCAAGUUGUUGGAGAGAAGUGAAGAACUAGAGUUCUUUGAAUUACGUGGUGCUAAGUAUGUUCUUUGCCCAUCAAAUAGGGAGAGUUUUCUUGAACUGAAGCAUCUCCGAGUUAGUAACAGUCCCAAUAUUCAAUAUAUCAUUGAUUCAAAGGAUCAACGGUUUCUGCAUGAUCCAAUUCCAAUAGGGUGUUUUGGUAACUUAAGAACCCUAGAUGUGCAUUCAUGUCCUAAAUUGAAAUUUCUCCUUUUGCUUUCCACGGCUAGAGGCCUUUCCCAACUUGAAGAAAUGAUGAUAGGAAAUUGCGAUGCCAUGCAACAAAUAAUAGUCUUUGAAAGGGAGUCAGAAAUAAAAGAAGAUGGACAUGCUGGGACCAACUUGCAACUAUUCCCAAAAUUGCGAUCCUUGAAGCUCUAUUGUCUACCGCAACUCAUCAACUUCAGUUCUAAGUUAGAAACAACAUCUUCCACAUCUCAGAGUAGAAAUGCAAGGUCGAAAGACUCAUUUUUCAGUCAUAAGGUUUCAUUCCCUAACUUAGAGGUGUUUACACUCUCAUAUCUACCCAAAGUGAAGGAUAUAUGGCAUCAUCAACUUCCAUUUGGAUCCUUCUGCAAUUUACGGAUCUUAAGGGUGUACAAUUGUCCAUGUCUACUCAAUCUUGUCCCAUCUCAUUUGAUACGCAACUUCCAGAAUUUAAAAGAGAUAAAUGUGGAAGAUUGUAAACUCCUAGAACAUGUGAUUAUUCUUCAAGGAAUUGAUGGAAAUGUCGAGAUCCUCUCAAAGUUAGAAACCUUGAAGUUGGUAUCCUUACCUAGGUUGAGAUGGAUCAAAGAAGAGAAUGAUAGUUUGAAAUAUAUUUCCUCUCUUCUAACACUCAUGAAUAUUCAGAACCUCAAAGAACUACGUAUCACUAAUUGUAGAAUGGAGGAUCUACAGAAGACGUAGUAUUCUUUUGUGAGAAGGUACACUGGAUUUACUUUAAGUUUUGUUAUAUUUGAGAUGAAGUGCAGAUGCAGCCUUUGUAAGAGAAAUUGUAGGAUGGAGGUAGAAUCCACUUUUUUUUUUUUUAAUUUAUUUUUAUUUUUUAUCCAGAAGCAAUAAUAUGUUUUUUUUUCUUUGUAAUAUAUUCUACAAACACUAUUACUAAGUUUUACCUUAUUUAUUUUGAAAUGGUAUCAUUUUCUUUUGUUCUUGUCA